AUGAUGAGCGACGAGUGUCCAGAAACAAAGGUUGCAGACGCCAUCAGCAAAGCCGUGAUCGACCACCGUGUUAUCGCUCUUGUUGUGAUGUCUACGAUAGCGAGUCUCAUGCUCGAGUUUGCCUACAAGUGUUCCAGUCGCCAACCUUUCUUUGAGAAGCUGAGUCAGAAGCGGAAGUGGGUCAUCAACAGUCAUCUCCAGAGAGCACCGCUUGCUCCACUCCUGCUUGUUGGCUAUGUGCUUGCGAUCUACAUCUUGGCGACUGGGUGCAAUGUCGCGUCCGCUUACAUGCUGACGUCCGCGUUCCUGGCUGCUACCAUGGACUUCCAAGAGUGGGUCCGCUUUUGGCCCCGCGAUCUUCCCUGGGAAUACAUUUGGCACCACAUCGCUGUCAUCGUCUUGGGCAUCCAGUUUUGUGAUCUCGGCUUGAAAUCCACGUGGCAGUGGUGCAUCUUCAUGGCGAAUAUCGGCGUGCAAUGGUGCACCAACUAUGUCUCGAACUUGAUUUUUCUCUCGCCAAGUGUCCGGGUGUGUAAGUGGGCUACCAGAUGCCAGUUCCUCGUCAUCCCCGCCAAGACGUGCAACGUCUGUAUCAUGUGCCACAAGAUCAAGGAAGCAGCGGAGACGGGCACAUGGGGAAUUGCGGCCAUGCUGACCGUAACGUGCUUGGGCUAUACGUACAUCUUCGUCAAGUCGGCCUCAUUCUAUCUCCGCUUUGAUGCACAGAAGUACUUCAGCACCCACCAGGGAGUCUGGAACAGGAGCGCACCGUUGGCGGAGUCCGAAGAGUCCAUAGAGUCUGGUGCCAAGUCUCAGGUUUGA